CAGAGAGCGCAUGCGCCGAGUGCGGGAUGCCGGCCGCUUGCCCUCGGGUCCGCGGCAAAGCCAACGCAUGUCGGCGUGUGCGCCCCGCGGCCCGUUAGCUGGAGAGCCGCCAGGCCCUGAGGACGCCCGGGCCCUCACUGCCCGACAUGGACGGCGCCUCGCCCCGACUGCUGCUGCUGCCGCUGGCGCUGCUCGCCGCUGCCGGCCCCACAGGCUGCAGCGCCUCGCUGUGGAUAGUCCACAUGGGUCCCUGUCCGCUGGUCCUAGGGGGAGACUGCCCGGACCCAGCCGUCCGUUUCUUCCUCUUCACUGGUUCAGGUGGUGAUGGUGACCGAGUGCAGGUGGAUGGGUCGGACAAUUGGGCGGGCCUCGACGGUCCUUGGUUCGACCCUUCACUGCCAACCAAGGUGAUUGUGCACGGCUACAACUCGGGCAUGGACAUCCAGCCGCUCGCUGCCAUUAGGAACGCCUACCUGCGCCGCGGCGGCCACAACGUGCUCUCGGUGGACUGGACGGCGCUGUCCCCGGGCCCCUGCUACCCCAUGGCGGCGCACAACGCACGCUUCGCCGGCCGCUGCCUCGCCGGGCUGGUUCGCGCCCUGACCACGCGCGGCGCCACCGACGUGCACCUGGUGGGUUUCAGCGUGGGCGCCCACGUGGCCGCAUACGCCGCAAACAGCCUGCGACCCUACAAACUGCCGCGCAUCACCGGUCUGGAUCCGGCGCUGCCGCUGUUCGUGACUGCGAACCGCGACCACAAGCUGGACGCGAGCGACGCGCUCCUGGUGGACGUUCUGCACACCAACGCGCUGGUGCAGGGCAAGCUGGAGCGCUGCGGGCACGCCGACUUCUACCUCAACGGCGGCGUAGACCAACCCGGCUGCGGCGAAACCUCUGACCGGUUCGGCUGCUCGCACCACCGCGCGCCGCUGUACUUUGCCGAGUCGGUGACGGCGGGCCGCGACGCCGCCGGCGGCUUCUGGGGCUGGCGCUGCGGCGGCCUCAGCCUCUUCCUGCUGGGCCUCUGCCCCGCCCGCGGCGACCAGGUGCUCAUGGGCGAGUUCCUCGACCCCAGGCAGGAGGGCUUCUUCGUGGUGCAGACGGCGUCGUCGCCGCCGUUCGCGCUGGGCCGUUGGCGCUCUAGCGACCCGUACCGCCAGCACACGCAGCCACUGCCCGUGGCGGUGCCUGCGGGAUCCGCCGACGGCUGCGAAGACGAGGACGCUGGCCGCCUCCUCCGCAUGCUGCUCGGCGACCGCGAGCCGGAGCUCGUGUUGCUGCCCUGACUGCCCUCCCUGCUCUGCUCUACAGUCUGUCUAGUCCCACACGCGGUUUCAUCUGUUCUUUAAGACAUAGGCCGCAUCUACAUGUCUCCCCUACACCCAAGCCGUCAUUAGCGUGCUCUGGCGGUGCACAGUUUAACAUCCGUAUAAGUUUUCCCCUAUUUAGGUUUGACUACGCUUCAAAAGCCAAAGAGAGGAAUGCGUCUCCACGACUUAAUGCGACAACGUUCUCUUUGAAAUGCGUGCUUCACUUCAUUUGUAAUGGUUUAAGGGGGGUAGGACGUCAAACGGGCCGACUUGGAGCAGGAGAGUCACCACAAGACAUUUUAAUUUCUAACUGUCUAUACUUUUACAAAUAAAUUCAUAAAACUUCGUCACUAUGACCAGGAAGGAUUGAGGACUCAUACUCAUCGCAGUGGAAGUACAAAAACGUAGCAAAAUACCUUUUUUUACAUGUGAAAUUUCAUCAUUUUUUCACUUAUUACUGGCUGCAUUUGUUGCUAUAGGUACACUUUUCUUCCUAAGUAAGAGAGAUUCUUCGAUGAAUUUUUCAUAGCAUACAAACAGUAGUUACAGGUGUAUGAAACUAUAGAAUUUUCCAAAUCUAUUAAAAACUGUGGAAAAAAAUUGACAUAAUUAACUAUAGAACUUGUGUUUUUUCUAAACAUGAAGUUUAAAAUGUAACAGUUCAUUCACUUUUUCAUAAAUUAAAUAACUUCUAGAGUUUCAUACACCUGUAACUACGGUUUGUAUGCUGUACAAAAGUCAUCGAAGAAUCUCUCUUACUUAGGAAGAAAAGUGUACCUAUAGCAACAAAUGCAGCCAGUAGUAAGUGAAAAAAUGAUGAAAUUUCACUUGCAAAAAAAUGUAUUUUGUUACGUUUUUGAGUUCCACUGCUAUGAGUAUGAAUCCCGAAUCCUUCCUCGUCAUGCUGUUAAAGUUUUAUGAAUUUAUUUGUAAAAGUAUAGACAGUGGAAAUUAAAAUGUCCUGUGGUGCCUCUCCUGCUCCAAGUAGGCCCGUUUGACGUCCUACCCCCCUUAAGCAAACGAAAGCUAUCACAUGAUAUUUGGCGGAGGAUACUUAGUAAAUUAUGUAGCGGUGGCACCAGUUGCUCUAACGACAUAUAAAUACACAAGCUUUCAAUGUCGAGGGGUGCUGCAAUGCAGCGUGCGAUAAGUUGGAAAUUUGAGCUGAUCAGGGAUCGUGUCCUGAUGACCGAAGCGGUUAAGGCAACCGCUAGUGAGAAGCGAUAAAUCCGUGUUCGAGUCCCUAUCCGACACAUAUUUUCAACUUUCACCAUUGCGUGAUCAAAAUGCCCUUGCGGCUGGAAGUCCUGAAUUCUCACCCAUGCCUUCCUUUUCUUUUUCCCAUUCUCUGUUUCAUAUAAAUCUGAAUAUCAAAUGACUAGUUCCUCUUCCCUCGUAUAAUAUCACCUGCAAUUUUAGUAGUAGAUUACAGGAGUCGGAAAACUUCUCCAUCCAUCUUGUCUUUACAAGCAAACUUUUUCGCACCCUUACAGCUGAGCUACACAACUCAUUCCAGGAAGCAGCGCUCUCUCUGAACUGCUGUUAGAUGAAAGCGAAUCUAGAGCUUACCGAAAAUGUAGUUAAUCCAGGCAUAUGUAGCAGCAGGUUGCGAAACAGGAUGACAGAAGAGCCAGGGAGGUAAUCAGAACUGUAAUAGGAGGAAAAGCACUGCGUUUUCAGUGCAAAUGCGUCGGUCAAUAGUAACUGGCGGAAGAAAUGAUAGAGUGUAUACCUCGAUAAACUGCAACAACUGCUGUUAUCAGAAGUAAAAAUGCGGAGCAAAGGGCAACCGGUACUUAACAGCAAGCACAUUGUGCCGAACUGGCCUGUCGUAUCUUGACACUUAAUAGGACCAAAAAUCCAGUCACCACUGCCUAUAUAAAUCCAUAAAUAACCCAUUGCAAUGUCAUGGGCCGCCACGGGAACGCAAGGUACCGAGAUAUCAAAUACCUCUGGUUGUCAGAUAAUGACUAUGAUUUUUACAUUCUCAAACCCAUUAUUGUACUUGAAGACUGAACAAGUGUAGAAUACAAUUGUAUUAUUCUCUUUUACCAUGGUGUCCUACCGGAUGUUAACGUUCACUAUGCCACCCAGAGCGAUACAGUUUGCCAUACUAAGUGAUGUUACCAUUUACAAUCUCGUGCUAGUAGUCACUAUCAUUUACUACGUUGUGCAUUUACCAUUCGCUGAAACAUGACGUUACCCCUUACCUUGUCAUUUUACCUCAAGUUACCAAUCACAAUAGCAUGAUACCCAAUUUCACGAUCUACCAUCUACCUGGCGUUACCAUUUACCAAGCCAUACUUCCUGACCUUAGCAUGUAUCAGCAAUACAAACGUCAAGAAAUAUCAUGAAUAAUGAAGCACGUUGGUAUUGUGGAACAUCCGUUUCAUAUGUUGUACAUAUACAGAAUAUUUACAGAGAAUAAUAUAAGCUCACAAACCAUGUUCACAUACCAAAUAUUCCUCACUGACAAAAUGAAGUAUAAAUGCAUUGCGAAUAUAAGAAAGUAAUUACGUUAUUUAAGUACCUACAGUGAUUGCAUGUCAACAUUUGUUGUUUAAAGAAGUCAUAUAAAUUUAGAUUAAAGAGCAAAUAAAAGUUUAAAUUACUUCUGUUUAA